AUAAAAUUCUUAAUGGAUCACAGAUGUUGUUAUCAUUAUAGCGAGGAGCCUGUCCAUCACGUGGAUAGAUACUACUAUGAUGUGCCUCGUUAUGAAGAAAGAAUUGUCAGGAAAGUAAGAUAUGACUACGAAGGAGCUAUUAGAGAAGCUAGCAUGGGUAACGAAGAGCUAAGGAAGCUCCUUGCCAUGAGAGAAGAUGAGAUCAAGGUCCUCCAAUCAGAAAUCCAAACCUUCAGAGCUGACCAUGAGAAGAAAGUAAGAGAAGAAGAUGACUACGAGAAAAAUUUCCGUGAUGCCGACCAAAGAAUCAUUAUUCUCACUGAGAAGAUCAGAGAUGCUCAGAUUGAUCUCAGAAAUAUCAGAGGAGGUAGAUAUGGAGGUGAACUUGAAAGACUUCUAGCCAUUAAGAGCAACAAGGAGCGUGAGCAUAAUGACUUGAAGGCCUAUCUUGAAAGACUUCAAAACGAACUCGCCUUAGUUAAAGAUGAUGGACAUAAGUUAAAACUCACCAUUGAAGAAAAAGAAACUGCUAUUAGAGAGUUUGAAGAUGACCACGAAGCUAGAAGACUUGCUGAGAAACAAGAAAUAGAGCAACUUGAGGAUUCUAUUGAUGCUAAUAGGAAAGAAGCUGAGAAAAUUGAUGCUAAGAUCGGUGAAGAAGACCGUAGAAUUAGAGAACUAACAAUUGAAAACAGAGACAUUGAAAUCCUUGAAGAAGAGAUUAAGGUUAGAAAAGAUGACUCCGAUCACCUUAAAAAUGAUCUUCAGACACUAAGACAAGAAGUCCUUGAACUAAGAGAGAAAUCAGAGCAGAUUGAACAAGAGCAUGCCCAGAAUCAGCAUGAAAUUAAUGAGUAUGAAAGUCACAAUAAGGCUGUCCACGAUAACAAUUCUGAGCUGGUCACUGCUAUAAACAGACUUGUUAAAGCUGAGGAUAAUGUCAGACUAGCACCUGAUGUAUAUUCUGCUGAAUCUUAUCAUUAUGGAAGAAUGAGUCUCAGAGGACUCUUUGAUCUUCAUCGUACCCAUUAUCAUGAUGAAGGAAGGCAUAGCUAUCAUAGAGCUCACUCAUAUGGAGGAAGACAUAGUUAUAAUAGAGCUCACUCACUUGGAAGAAGACCAAUUGUACAUCAAGUAGACCAAGUUCCUCACACUAGAUAUUUAUCUUCUGAUAGAGUAGUUGAAAGAGACCCUGAAAUCGCACAACUUUAUAACAGAAGAAGAGUUGAUUUAAGAAAUAAUAGAGUCUAUAAAAUUUAUGAGUCAGGUCACGAUACUUGGAACAGACCAACUAGAUAUGUCAUGGACCGUUUCCUUAGAAGACACCAUUGCCAAGCUGAUGAUAGACAUGAUUUAGGAUAUAGAGUGUUCUCAUAUAAAAACCACAACUCUGUCUUCAAUCAAUUACUCGGAUAUAGACAUGCUUCAGAAGCUCUUCAUAGAAGACAAGACUCAGAGAUAUUUGAGUUGGCUAAUAAACAGAGAGAGGAAAGACUUUCUAUGAAAGGCGUCUUUAAUCAAUACUCAAAACAUCACUCAGAAGAACAAAGACAACCAUCUGGAGCUUCUAGAGUAUUCUCUGCUGCAGCUAAUGCUGCCAAGAGACAAAGAGAAAGCAACACCAGACAAGAUACUCAAACUAAAGUCACAAAUGAAGGAGGUAGACGUGUCACCACAACCACAACUACAAAAGUCACCAAGACUGGCUUUCAGGCCUCAGGAUGGUAAAGACUCUAGAUAAGUUAUUUACUCCAACCUAUUCAACAGCCGGACAC